AUGAAGGAUGCCGACUACAGUGGCUGGAUGAAGAAGAAGAGCUCCAAUCUCAUGACAAUGUGGAAGCCGCGCUUAUUCGUCCUCAAGGGCCGACGUCUCGCCUACUACUACAGCGAGGAUGACACGCAGGAGAAGGGACUCAUUGAUAUCUCUUUUCAUCGCGUUCUGCCUGCGGACAACGAAAGGCUCACCGGCCUCCAUGCCACAAUUACCGGGGCAGGCAGCAGCACACCUACCCUUCCUAGCCAGUCAGGCUCCGGUCCGGAGGGUGCCGCCAUGCAAAAGGGUGACGACACCAUGUUCAUCUUCAAGCUCGUCCCGCCCCGGAGCGGGCUCUCGCGCGCCGUCAACUUCACGAAACCGACAGUCCACUAUUUCGCCGUACCAAACCUCACGCAAGGCCGGCUGUGGAUGGCCGCCCUUAUGAAGGCGACCAUCGACCGAGACGACACGCAACCCAUCACGACGACGUACCAGCAAAAGACCAUCUCCCUCGCGAAAGCACGCGCGAUGAGGCAUAGGCCUCCCGCGCUCAUGAACCUGGACGAAGGUGACGAGGAAGAGAAACGAAGGAGCGCGGAUCGGAAAGAAGGACUCGGCCUCGCUUUCCACGAAGCGGAUAGUGGCAUUUCUGGCCUCGAGAAGCUAGGUUUGGCCAAGGUAGAGAGCGCCAAGGCCUCGCAGCACGAGUUCAACGGCAGCGACAAGGGCAUGCUGCCUCCUCAGAGUGCAUAA